GCAAGGUAAUCGUGUCAAGUUCUCAACACAUGGAUAGCAUCCUCGUCUUCGUCGCGAGAAGGGAAUGCGCAUGGAGGAGGGGUAGACACUGCGGAUUCACCGGCAUCGAAUGAGAAAUCCACUACCCCAUCAACAUCUAGGUCAAUCACAAGCGAAUCAGUCCUCGCUCCCGACUCUCGAACGAGGCCCUUUGGACGAGAACGGCAGCAAUCACCCUUCUAAGAGGACUUCAGCACCACUAAGAUUACUUCCGGCCCAGGUCCUUGGAACACCCAAACAAGCGAAACGAAUAGGGAAUCGGCUAGCUAAGGAGCGACAAUCCAUCGAGUCCAGACUGCAAGCGAAGCUAUUGCGCGAAUGGAGCCAUGGCCACGAAAAGGAAGAGGAAGUCAAACGUGCGUGGCUGUAUUACAGCGAACCGAAAAGAAGAGGAAUUUUACAUAUAGCUCAGCAUUGUGCAUCGCAGAGCGGCCAGCUCUUAGUCAUUUCAUUGACCUCCUCGCACGUCAGACACCGGUAUCCCCUACUCCCAAAUAUAGCAGAUUUCCUAACAGCGUGA